AGAGCAGCUUUGUUGCACGUCCUUUUUGAUAGUUUGUCAGCUUUUGCGUUCCAAUAGCUAACUCACUCACUCUCUUAUUCAGUGACGGAUGUCCGGAAUGUAUGCAUGGUGUACUUUUAAGCCGUGCAUCUGAAUCUCAUGUACAGGCCUUAUGCCGAAAUCGAUUCUGACCAAUAGCCAGACCGCAAGUAAAUGAAGCUGUCGAAGAAAAUAAAUCGUCAUGUCAACCUCUAGAACAAAUGGAACUGUGGCUGCAGCCACCUUGAUGGUUCAGUCGCCUCCUCCGUCUGGGACAUCAACAUUCGGGUUGUUGGGAUGGGUCAUACUGUCGAUCGUCAAAGUUGUACCCAGCGUAUUGCUUUCAUUAAUUACCUUGGCGACAAUCACCAUACCGACGUGGAUCUACACGAUACUAUCAUACAGUCUGACUGUGACAGUUAACUUCAGCACCAUAGCGUUCAUCGUUGUGGCGUUCGUGUCUACUCUGAGUUACUUCAUCAGAUACAGGUAUCAUACUUAUGCACGGCUUCCUGCAGAACCUCCAAGGAAAGAACCUGAGGUUGAGUUAUUCCCCGAGCAACAAGAUGACGAAGCAAAGCCCGGGCUUUCGAAUUAUUUAGAUGAAUUCAUGAGCGCAAUCAAGGUCUUUGGCUACCUAGACCGCCAUGUCUUCCAUGAACUCACGCGUACGAUGCACACGAGGAAGCUCGUCGCUGGCGAGACCCUAUCGCUUGAUGAAGAGAAAGGGUUCUGCAUGGUUGUAGAAGGAAACGUGCAGGUCUUUGUUCAUUCGAAGAAUGCGGGGCCAGGGGAUCGCUAUGAUGGCUCUGAAGAUGAGGAGGCGCAUAAUGGAGAGGGCCACCAGGGGUAUCAACUACUGUCCGAAGUCAAAAAUGGUGCCCCUUUGUCUUCGCUCUUCAGCAUCCUGUCGCUUUUUACUGAAGACGUCAAGCUCAAGCACACAGAAAAGCCAGAUUCUGAUUACUUCGGCCCUCAAACUCCUCAGAAACAUCGCACAACCUCUGUCCACAUUGACGGAAGCUUCGUGACACCUGACAGUUUGACGAUUCUAGACAGUCCUUUGCGGAUGGGUCAAGAACAUCCAAAUCCAGGCUCGCACCGUCAAUCAGUGGCCAGCGCUACAAGCCCCACGGCAGGCGGUCGACUGCCUAAAGUUCCACCGCUUAGCCUUGAUCUUAACAUGCCUGAGACAAAGCAUACUCAGCACGGAAAUAACCACUCUCGAAGGGGUUCAGAUCAGCCAUCAGCACAUCCUGACAUCGUCGCCCGUGCAGCUGAAGAUUCCACGAUCGCCAUCAUUCCUGCAAUUGCAUUUCGCCGCCUAACGCGCAUUUACCCAAAAGCUACUGCGCAGAUCAUUCAAGUCAUCUUAUCACGCUUCUAUCGCGUCACCUUAGUAACCGGCCACCAUUAUUUGAGUCUCACGCACGAGAUUUUAAAGACAGAAAGACUUAUUGACAAAUUUGCCCACUGUGACCUUCCUGGUUACCUUCGGGAUGCCCCACUGGGGAGGCUCAAGGAAAAAUUCGAACAAGAAAAAGAGCGAACGAAGCCUGAAGAAAGGUUAAAAGGAAUAGCUUUGCAUAAUCCGGGCGCUGGUCGAAGACGACGCUCAAGCAGUACAUUACGACGAGAAGCAACUUUGCAGGUUCGGCUCGCAGAAAGUCGAUCUAGGAGAUUGCAUUCGCCUGAUGCCUGGAAAUCAUCCGAACGCCGGACCUCACCUGAAGCAGAAAGGGGUGGAAUAAGUGCAGGAGACCUCCUCACUGGCAGUACAGCACACCGAGCCUCAUUCUCGCAGCCGUUACAAACUCCUGGUCCAUCUUUGCGUCGAUUAGUGCGAUCUCCACUCGACAAAGGUCAUUUUGAUCCAAGGCCUAAGCAAUUAGAGCGUCAGAAUUCUGUCGACGAGGAUGAUCUUUUCAGACAAACAAUUCUUGAAAAUAUGUGCAAUGCAAUUGGUCUAAGCAAGGAUAACAUGUUUACUGCACCAACACCAACGAUCGAGCAAUCACCAAGACUGGUUUCAUUUGAUUCUCGGCGAAAUAAGGCUGUCUUUGGCAGUGCAUUCCAGAUGAUAAGCGGUAAUGACGUUUCAGUCGAUGGCGAUUCGGUGUCAUUAGCGUCCGAGUCGAAUUCUGCUUACGGACUUACUCCCACGCAGAAUAUUCUUGAGGAUAUGGUCAACGAGGUUGAAAUUGUUUAUUUCCAGAAAGGCUCUGUACUGGUUGAGCAAGAGGAGCGUCUCCCUGGUCUCUAUUAUGUACUCGACGGCUUCCUUGAAGUAAGCAUGACGACAGAAGAGGAGGGCCAACAAGCCAACAUUCUUGGGACUGCAGCAUCUUCAGUAAGUCUUGAUAGCCUAAAGGGUGCAGGUGGCAAACCAACGGAAUUUUCGAGAAGACCAAACACAAAUACUCGAAGCAGGAGCAGAGCCAAUGUCAACACAAAGCGGCAUAGACACACAUUGACUCUCGUCAAACCAGGCGCUAUUGCCGGAUAUUUACCAGCUGUUUCUUCCUACCGUUCAUUUGUGGAUAUCACAGCUAAGAGCGAUGUGGUUGUUGGAUUCUUACCACGUGCAUCCCUGGAUCGUCUCGUCGACCGCUUCCCUAUUAUUCUUCUUACACUUGCAAAAAGACUCACUGCAGUUCUGGAUCGUACAAUUUUGCAUAUCGACUUUGCGCUUGAAUAUAUACAGGUCAACGCCGGCCAAAAAAUUUACAACCAGGGUGAUCAAAGCGACUCGAUUUUUAUCAUAUUGAAUGGGCGGCUUCGCGCCAUACAGGAAAAGCCAGAUAAGACUCUCAAUGUGCUUGGGGAGUAUGGUCAAGGUGACAGUGUGGGUGAGCUUGAGGUUUUGACCGAGACUACACGCCCUGGCUCCUUGCAUGCAAUUCGUGACACCGAGCUUGCGAAGCUUCCUAAGAUGCUUUUCAACAGCCUAGCUCAGGAACAUCCUGGGAUCACCAUGAAGAUGUCACGAAUCCUUGCGAAACGUAUGCGGGUGUUGAUGGAAAGCUCUCAACAUAUGCACAGUGAAAAAUCACCCACAAAUUUUGUUACGGGCAAUCCAUCCUCUACUGCAAAUUUACGGACAAUUUGCAUUUUACCCGUUACCUCAGGAGUUCCUGUCGUCGAGUUCGCCAGCCGACUUACGAAUGCGCUGACCCAAAUUGGAACAUCAGUUGCAUCCUUGAAUCAGUCCGCUAUCCUUAACCACCUUGGCCGCCACGCAUUCUCGAAAAUGGGAAAGCUCAAGCUGCAACAAUACCUCGCAGACCUCGAGGACAAAUUUGGAAUGGUGCUCUAUGUCGCUGAUACGAAUGUACAAUCGCCGUGGACGCAAACAUGCAUAGUUCAAAGCGACUGCAUUCUGCUCGUUGCAGUAGCAGAUGGUUCGACAUCAGUUGGAGAAUACGAGCGCUUACUGCUCACUACGAAAACUACCGCCAGACGAGAGCUCGUCCUAAUUCAUUCGGAGCGAUUAUGUCCUCCAGGUCUAACGAGGAAAUGGUUACGCAACCGGGUCUGGAUCAACGGUGGCCAUCACCAUGUACAAAUGACCUUUAGAGCAGCUCCAGAACCUUUACAUCCGCCAAGUGGUCGGAGGUUCGGUACGGCCAUCAAGCAAAGAGUCCAGAUCAUACAGGCGGAAAUACAGAAAUAUACGAGUCGAAAAGUACGCCAGACUCCGUUAUACUCAGCUGAAACUCCAUUUAAAAGCGAUUUCCACCGACUAGCACGAAGAUUGUGUGGAAAAUCUGUCGGACUCGUGUUAGGAGGUGGCGGUGCUCGUGGAAUCGCGCACGUUGGUGUCAUACGAGCUCUGGAGGAAGCUGGCGUUCCAAUUGAUAUGGUUGGCGGGACAUCAAUAGGGGCAUUCGUCGGCGCACUUUAUGCCUGGGACGCGGGCAUUGUACCUAUGUAUGGUCGCACCAAACGCUUUGCAGGUCGAAUGGGUAGCAUUUGGCGGUUUGCUCUUGAUUUAACGUAUCCUUCCGCCUCUUAUACCACCGGCCACGAAUUCAACCGCGGUAUCUUCAAGACCUUUGGAGACUACCUCAUUGAAGACUUUUGGCUUCCGUUCUACUGUAAUACGACUAAUAUAUCAAAAUCUCGCGUUGAGUACCAUACCAGUGGCUACGCUUGGCGCUAUGUCCGAGCUUCGAUGUCACUCGCGGGUCUUCUUCCACCACUCUGCGACGAAGGCUCAAUGCUUCUUGAUGGCGGCUAUGUUGACAACCUUACGGUAAUGCAAAUGAAGUCCCUCGGUGCCGACGUUAUCUUCGCCGUUGAUGUCGGGUCCUUAUACGACGACACUCCCCAGCAAUACGGCGAUUCGCUUUCGGGAUUCUGGUCUGUUUGGAACCGAUGGAACCCAUUCUCCAGCACCCCGAAUCCGCCCACCUUAGCAGAAAUCCAGUCCCGUCUUGCGUAUGUAAGCAGCGUCGAUGCGCUUGAGCGCGCGAAGACAAUGCCGGGGUGUCAUUACUUGAGGCCGGCAAUUGACCCCUUUGGCACGCUGGCUUUCAAUCAGUUCGAUGAGAUUUACAAGGUCGGAUAUGACUACGGCGUAGAGUUUUGCAAAAAUUUGAAGGAACAGGGAGUGUUACCAAUGCUGAAUACGGAGCUGGAAGAUGGAAGCAAAGGAGAUUUGAGACGAACCAUGAGAGCAAGAAGAGCAAGCAUCUAGAUUAAUGCUACAAGGUUAUAUAACUCAUAGGUAGCCGCUGAGAAGGAUAUUUCAUUCGAUUUACUUUUCCCAGUCUCUGUUCUUUAGAAAGCGCUGCUUACUUACAGUAUCC